GUUUGCAUGUCUUGUUUUUAGGUUACCUAACUGUCUGUUUAAACAAUUUUUCUUAAUUUAUUGAAAAAGUAAUUGUAAUAACUCAAAUUUUAUAUUUUCAAAGUGACGAUAAACUUCUUUACAGUUAUGUCUUUCGGUUUUGGAAGUUCUGGUCAAUCUGCAUUUGGUAGUACACCAAAUAAACCUACAGCAUUUGCUGCUCCCUUAUCUUUUGGGACACCAGCUACCACAACUGCUUCCGCUGGAUUCGGUAGUUUUGGAUCUUCUUUUGGAACGCCCUCUCAACAGCCAACCUUUGGUAGUACAUUUGGUCAACAGACUGCAACACCAUCCUUUGGACAACCAAACGCCACCCCUGCUUUCGGACAGUCGAGUAUAGCCCCCGCGUUUGGACAACAGACCGCCACUCCAGCCUUUGGUCAACAAGCAGCAGCUCCUGUUUUUGGGCAGCAGCAAGUUUCAGCCCCGGCUUUUGGUCAACAGAGUGCAACUCCUGCUUUUGGUCAACAAACCGCUACUGUUGGCUUCGGUCAACCGAGUGCAACACCCUCUUUUGGUCAGCCAAGUGCCGCUCCAGCGUUUGGGCAGCAAAGUACAGCUCCAGCGUUUGGAAGCACUUUUGGGCAGUCGGGAACAGCUGCUCCUGCCUUUGGUCAAGCCGCAAGCACCACUCCAGCAUUCGGUAGCACAUUUGGGGCUACGGCUACAUCGGCACCUGCAUUUGGGGGUACUUUCGGAGCUCCGGCUACUAGUACUCCCAGUCUUUUUGGAUCUUUACAAACUAGUAAGCCGUCUCUCUUCAGCACUCCAGCAGCAUCAACGACUCCUUCUCUGUUUGGAACAGCAACCACUACGGCAGGAGGAUUGUUUGGUAGUACUUCGGCCCCUACAGGAGGUCUUUUUGGUACAACUACAACCACCCAAGCGCCAAGUUUAUUUGGAUCAAUUGCAACUUCUACCCCGAGCCUGUUUGGCACUUCGUCGACUGCACCUCCGUUGUUUGGUUCUGCUACUCAGCCAGCUGGUGGCGGACUUUUUGGUACUGCGACCACAACACAACCGUCGCUUUUUGGAUCCGCAUCAGCACCGCAAUUUAGCCUUGGAUCGGGUACAACAGCUGCAACUACCACAACAUCUACUGGCUUCAGCUUUUUUGGCCCUACAACUACAUCAGCUCCAAGUUUAUUUGGCAGUUUAGGUACAACUACAACAACACAAUCAGGUUUUGGAGGAUUCGGAACCACCUUUCCUGGUUUUGGUACAACUGCAUCUGUUACUCCUUUUGGAACUACAGCAUUUGGUCAAAAACCACUCACUGCUCCAGGACAAACUGCUGCCCCAGUGGAUAAGAAUCAACAGGUACUAGCCUCUAUAUAUGCGAUAAACGUGUUUGGAGAUGAGCGAGAUAAUGUGUUAAAAAAAUGGAACAUGCUACAAGCUUGUUGGGGCACUGGGAAAGGCUACUACAGUCAGCAUCAGCCUCCCAUAGAGUAUGACCAUUCAAAUCAGUUCUACAGAUUUAAAGCAGUCGGUUAUACUGUGAUACCCAAUGCUGAAAAUUCAGAGGGACUAGUAAAAUUAACAUUUAAUAAAAAGGAAUCAGAAUUGAUGAAUCAAAAAGAUGUACUUAUUAAAGGAUUAUCAGGAAUAUUAGGAAAUAAACCGAAUUUAACGGUUGAAAUUGAAACAAUAAAAAAUCUAGAUGGUAAUCGAACUGAGGUGACAGUAAUCGUUUCUGAGAAGGGGGCAACCGGUCAAACUCGAAAAAUUCCAGCCAGUGACUUGUCCUCGUUCUUAAAUCAACCUAUGAACAAACAACAAUUAACUAAUGUGGGGGUUACCAGUAUUUUUCCUUAUGUAACUCCAACAAAGGCGCAGAUCGAAGAGUACUUGAAAAAUCCUGGACAAGGGGUUGAUCCCACAAUGUGGCAAAUGGCGCAAAUUGACAACCCAAAUCCAAAUAAGUAUCUGCCUACUGUAAUAAAUGGUUUUGCAGACCUUAAGAGACGAAUGUUAACCCAGGAAUACGAAACAGGUUUGCAUCGUGCCUUUUUAGCUAAAGUUAUUCGUGAAAUUAAGGAAGUAAAGAGCAAACAUACCGCGUCUUUGGCGCAAAUAGCCGAAAUGAAACAAAAGUUCCUUGCCCUACAACAUAGAACAUUAAGGAUAUUGGUUAAGCAAGAAUGUACCAGAAAAGUUGGAAUGGCCCUUCAGCCUGAGGAAGAAAUGCUAAGGGCUAGAUUGGAAGCUAUGCAUGCUCAAUUGGGAAUUCCAAACCAGUACAGGGGACUUCUGAACGAACUUUUGUCAUAUGUUAAAUUAACCGGUGGUUUUGUUAUUCCAAAAGAAAACUACAGAAUUGAUAGUUCUGCGCUUGAUGAUAUUAAACAGUUCCUUAGAAUGCAACAGAAUGGUAUAAGUCAGUUAGUUAAUAUCAUUAAUUUAGACUUGCAAGCACUCAAAACAAUAAACGAUGGGUUAAAGGACUUAUCGAAAUAUCAACCUAAAAUUUAAACGUACAAUUGCAUGUAAAUUUAUUAAUAAAUAAAAUUAAAAAAAAAAAACGUAACGUGAAGUAUAUAUUUUACUGGUAAUAGAGUGUUUGUAUUAUCUUUAAGAGUACUGUAAUUUCUAUACUGUAACUUAUUUUUUUAAUUGCAAAUUUAGUAAAUUUAGUUUUUAUAUUGCA